AUGAAGGUGAUCUUGCUUGGACUAUGGAACUCUACUGUGUGCAAUUGCUACAAGAAUGCUCACAUCAGGCUCAUCACUAGACUUGGCUUCCUUGCCAUGAGUUUCAACAUGAUUGAGAAGUUGAUGUGGUUGUCGGUCACCUCGUUCCUCCGAUCUCCAUGUACUGAGUAUGAGAUGCACGUCAAGUCCUACAACACUUUCCAGCGGCGUGAGGGAAUCUGCCUUGUCAGCAGAUUGUUCCACGAUGCUUCUAUCGAAGCUCACAGCCCUGUGAGCUGCUCUAGUCUUGCAAGCCUGCGCCCUUCUGAGAUGAGGGAUGGAACAUCAGGCAACCAGACCCCCACAACGACCAUACCGACCGACAAUGAGUACAUCCCAGUCAACAAUGCGCACUUGCAUCUCCCCGCUCUUUCCCGCGCCUGGUCCACAUCGCAUGCAUUACCCUUCAUCUCCAUCUCCAACAACAUCGAGCACGAGCUACUGGAAUUCGAUGGCCCAACAGAUCAACUUUGGCGACAACAUCGCGAACGUGGUCCGCGAAAUACAAAGUCCAAGAGUUCUACUGAGAAGAAUUGCGCACCAAUCAAAGAUGGAGACUACACAUUUAUCACAGCAGCCAAGCCUGCAGACUUCAGGUCGAAGAAGACCAUGACUGCCGUGCGCAAGACGGCGAUGGCCAGUUUUUUGAAGAACGAGAAGAGCAAGGAGAUUUCAUCGAGAGAUUCUACAGACGAGUCAAAUGGCGUGGCCUCUGAUGGCUCAUUCUCUCAAGUUGCGACCCAAACCGCGGUAAACACAUCGGACACUUCCGACUCGCUGCACCCACCAAAGUGUAGCAAUAGAAAGCAACAACCAGUUUCAACUCGGCAGCCGCCUCACAUACAUCUUGAUACGCCCUCAAGCCCGCAGAACCAAGUCGCGAGGCUUCACACGCCCAUCGCCUCGCUGUCUAAACCUGCAGAACUCAUUACUCCUUCACGACAGGGCAUCGAGCUCCCAUUCGACAUCAAGGUCGUACCUGAGCUCAGAUCCCUUGGCAAAGCCCUGGAUCCUUUUGGAACCAUGUUUCAAUCCAGCAACAGUCUUGUGUCAGUUGAGAAACUCAAGUGGCACUGCAGUCGAUACUUUGGCACGUACGGACUGGGCAAGCACUGGAUUCCGUAUUGUCUGGAUCACCCUCAUACCUUUCUAAGCACGCUGUGCUUGGCUGCAGCACACAAGGAUGUACUAGAAGAACGGUCGUCGGAGAGCUUGGAGACGGCAGCUUUACGUCAAGAUGUCAUUAUCAUGGUGGGAGAGAACCUGCUGAAUCCAAGUCAAAGCGUGGCGGAUCACAACAUUAUAGCCGUCUUGCAGCUCAUCAUUUGCGAGGUCAUUAGCAGGAAAGAGGCGGAUCUGGCGUUUCAUGAGACAGGCAUGGAGGCCAUGAUUGAGAAGCGAGGGGGGUUGUACCAGCUGGGAGUGAAUGGACGACUAGCCUCGGCAGUGUCUUGGGUGCACUUGACAUCCGCCAUCUUGAGAGGCGCCGAAGCGCGACCCAUGUAUCUCGAGUUUUGCAAUACGCAUCAGAUGUCGAAUUACCCAGCCUCGGUCACCAUACCCGAUUCCCCCAUCUUCUGCCCACGAGAGAGGCUCUUCACUCUGGAACGAUCGUCAAAAUGUAGCCCAAAGGCCCUUGAGCUUCUCAACGACAUGCGAGCCAUGGUUGAUCUCUUCUUGUCUGAAGAGUCACAACCCGCCCCAUCAAAGGCAAACGGCCUGGCAAGACUUCACGCCAAAAUCACAGUCGACUACCCGCCCGUCGCUCACUUUGCACGGACAAGAGUGCUGCGAGAAGAAGACUGGAAAUACGAGGCGAUAAGAAUCACAGCCGUGGUCCUAUCAACUGCCAUGCUGCUCCGUGUGCCUCUGCCCCAGAGUCUGGCGGCCGCGGCGCCAACGAGGAAUCUGUCCACCACAAGCACCACGUCCAUGGCCUCGAGGUCAAACGAAUUACUCCACCAGCCCUUCCUUUAG